AUGAGCUUUUGCUUUUGCUUUUGGGUUGUGGUGGAAGACGAGAAAGUAAAAUCAUAUCAACCGGCUGUUAUCUUUCUGUGUGGCAUUUACAUACAGCGGAUUGAGGGUGUUAUUGAUCUCUGUAUCUCAUCACUUAAAAUGGAGAAGCUGCAUUACGUAGCAGUCAUCGGAUUGAUGUCUAGUAUUGUGGUUACCGGAGAAAAAGCCUUUGGAGAUGAAAAAAUGUUCUUCAGAAAUUUGCCUUCAUCUUCUCAAACUGGAGCAACGGUUGGGUUAUUACUUAGUCAUUCUCUCCAACGGCAACCCAUCAAGGGAAACUGUUAUUCCAGAGGGAAAUUGCUGGAGAGUUGGGCAAUACUGUGGUCUGGAUUAACUUGUGUACGUAUAAAAGUUGGUCGAGCUCAAACAACUUGUCCAAGGUUGGGGAUGUCAUUUAAAAGUUGCGGUGGAAUUUUCAGGGACUGCAUGUAUAUUGUUGUUGCGGCUCUUGUCGGCCUACCUAGCUACUUGUGGGACAACGUGUCCUUCAAACAGCCUGCCCUCUCAGCUUUUAACCAUGCAAUAGUGUUGUCCAUGGUUAAAUGGGAAGGACUUGGAAGUGGCAUUCUGGUUAUUAUGAUAGGUGAUGGUCUCGAAUUCUAUGAUGCAAGAGGAAAGCAAAGGAUGCUAAAGAUUGCCGAGGGGUCCUGUUUUGGUGGUGUCGGGUACAUGGCAGAGUGUUUCAGCGCUGCUUAUGUUGAAUUGGGAACAUAAAUCUAUAUCAAGGGAAAGAAAGGGAAACAUGAUGUUGGACUUGUGGUGGAUAUCCCUGCUGCAGAGAGAUUUAUCAGGUUGAGAGUUGGAGACUUGUUAACAAUAUCACGAGAAGCUCAAAAAGGUAAAAAGAAAUCAAUGGGAGCGAAGGCUGGUGCUCAUUGGAUAACUUGUUCUUCUGGAUAUCUUUUUGAUACUGCAAAACCCGGGGACCCUAUUGCUUUUGAUGAUGGGAAGAUAUUGGGUACUAUCCAAGGCACUAUGUCGGAGAUUAUUGUUUCAAUCACUCGUGCGGAUCGAAGAGGUACUAAACUUGGCUCAGAAAAGUCCAUUAAUACCCCCGAGAGCCAUAUACCAUUUGAAAGCCUGACUUCCAAAGAUCUUAAGGAUCUUGAUUUUGUUGCUGCUCAUGCUCACAUGGUGGGGGUAUCCUCAGUGAAAAAUGUUCGUGAUGUAAUUGUGCUUCGCCAAGAGAUUGAAAAAAGGCAGCUUCGGAACAUGGGGAUUGUUCUAAAAAUUGAGACAAAAGAUGGGUUUAAGAAUUUGCCCCUAUUGCUACUGGAGGUCAUGAAGUCCCCAAAUCCUGUAGGGGUUAUGAUUGCCAGAGGAGAUCUCGUGGUGGAGUGUGGGUGGGAAAGGCUGGCUGAUGUACAGGAGGAAAUUUUAUCUAUUUGCAAUGCUGCUCACAUACCGGUCAUCUGGGCAACUCAAGUGCUGGAGUCACUUGUCAAGACUGGUGUGCCCACAAGAGCUGAGAUUACUGAUGAGGCCAGUGGGAGAAGGGCAAGUUGCAUUAUGUUGAACAAAGGGAAACCUGUAUCAACAUUGGACACCAUUUUGCAUGGCAACUCUACAAAGGUGAAAGCAGAAUUGAAGCCUCUUUCGUUGUCCAGUCUCAGUUAGUUCAUUCGCUCUUCUCUGGCUAUUUCCCAACUGUAUGAUUUCCAUGUACAACAGCACCGCGAGAGUUUUUGCCGCCUGUCAUCAGAGAACAUCUUACAAAAGAUUUUGAUACCUUAGGUUCCAUACUAUUCCAUCAAAUUACUCUUACCAUUUUGAUCGCAGUCAAUCUGCUUUUGAAUGGGUUUGAGCUAGGUUGCAUGAUAUAAUGUGUUCAAAUACAAUGUCUGUUUUCAGUAACCCUUCUGUAUUAGAUUUUUAGACCUCAGAAUGGCGUGCGGUUAUACUUUGAACUAACAUAUAACACAAAAUGCUGGUGUUAAAAAAUGAUCAAUGAACAGCCCACAAUCUUCCAUUUCAGAAUUCAGUGAAAUAUUGGCGAACUAACAUAUAAUACAUACAAGUUCGGGAAAAAAAACCCGUGGUGAUACUGCGGCGGGAACGUGAUCCAGUGGUUCUUG